AUGUCUCUAACGACAGUCACCAAGUUCGUUAUCAACACAACUCAAGUAAACUGUUUCAAAGAGACAUGCCUUCGGGUUCUUUCAUUAUGCAACUCACGGGCCCUGAAAGAGGGUGUCUCUGUUCACAGUCCAAUUACUAAACUGGGUCUUCAGGAAGACCUCUACUUGAGCAACAAUUUGCUGUCUUUGUAUGCAAAAUGCUUUGGAGUUGAACCUGCACGCCACUUCUUCGAUGAAAUGCCUGACAGGGAUGUUGUGUCCUGGACUGGCAUGCUGUCUGCUUAUGUCAGGAACGGACGGUAUGAUGAGGCGCUCGAAUUCUUCUAUUCGAUGAGCAUUUCUGGGCAGUGCCCCAAUGAGUUUACACUCUCAAGUGUCCUCCGGUCGUGCUCAUUGUUGGGAGAUUUUGAUUACGGGACUCGAAUACAUGCAUAUGUGAUAAAGCUUGGGUUUGAGUCAAACCAAUAUCUUGGCAGCACUAUGAUUGAUUUGUAUGCCAGGUGUGGUUUCACUGACGAGGCUUGUAAGAUAUUUACAAACAUGGACAAUCGGGACACUAUUUCUUGGACAACAAUCAUCUCUUCAUUAGUCCAAGCUGAGAAAUUCAGUCAGGCUCUAGCCCAUUACAUGGAUAUGAUAUGUGCUGGGGUUCAUCCAAAUGAGUUCACUUUUGUGAAACUUUUACCUGCAUCGUAUUCUCUCGGUUUGAAUUACGGGAAAUUACUUCAUGCCCAUUUGAUAAUAUUAGGAAUGAGGCUGAAUCUGGUCUUGAAGACAGCCCUGGUCAAUAUGUAUUCAAAAUGCCAGAAGAUGGAAGAUGCCAUUAAGGUUUCAAAUCAAACACCUGACUACGACGUGUUAUUGUGGACCUCUGUUAUUUCUGGCUUCACACAAAGUUUGAGAGUCACGGACGCUAUUGCUGCAGUGCAUGAGAUGGAGCUCUCUGGAACUGUACCAAAUAAUUUCACAUACUGUAGCAUACUGAAGGCAAGCUCGGAAAUUUUAUCGCUGGAAUUGGGAAAACAGAUCCAUUCACGGAUAAUCAAGGCUGGCUUGGAGGAUGAUACUUGUGCAGGAGGUGCACUAGUUGAUAUGUACAUGAAAUGUUACCUAGCAGAAGAUGCUUUUGGAGCGUUUAGGGACAUAACCUCACCGAGUGUCAUCACUUGGACUUCUUUGAUUGCUGGUUUUUCUCAGCACGGUUUUGAAAAAGAUUCUUUUCAGUCUUUUGCGGAGAUGCGAGCAGUAGGAAUUCAACCAAAUUCUUUUACUCUCUCCAGCAUUCUUCGUGCCUGCAGUACAGUUAAAUCUCAUAGUCAAACAGUGAAACUCCAUGGACUUAUAGUUAAAACUAAAGCUGGCUGUGAUACAGUUGUUGGGAAUGCUCUUGUGGAUGCUUAUGCUGCAUUGGGGAUGGUGGAUGAUGCAUGGCAUGUAGUUACCUCCAUGAUCCAUAGAGAUGCUAUCACAUACACAUGUUUGGCCACGAGAAUGAAUCAGAUGGGUCGGUAUGAAGUGGCACUGGAUGUCAUUGUUCGCAUGUACAUGGAUGAUGUUGAAAUGGAUGGAUUUAGUAUGGCAAGCUUCUUAUCUUCAUCAGCUGGCUUAGCAGCAAUGGAAACUGGGAGGCAACUACAUUGCUAUUCUAUCAAAGCCGGUUUAGCCAGUGGGAUAUCAGUUUCAAAUGCCUUAGUUGACUUUUAUGGGAAAUGUGGAUGCACGGAUGAUGCCUACAGAGCUUUCAAGGGGAUUUCUGAGCCAGAUAUUGUAUCAUGGAACGGAUUGAUAUCUGGAUUGGCAUCAACUGGGCACAUCUCCUCUGCUCUCUCCACCUUCGAUGACAUGAGGCUGGCAGGAUUUAAACCUGAUUCCAUUACAUUCCUGUUAGUGCUUUUUGCUUGCAGCCAUGGUGGUUUGGUUGAAUUAGGUCUUGAGCAUUUUCAGUCAAUGAGAGAAAAGCAUGAGAUAGCUCCACAACUGGAUCACUAUGCCUGUUUAGUUGAUCUCCUUGGACGAGCCGGUCGACUAGAGGAUGCCAUGGAAGUGAUCAUGACAAUGCCUCUUAAACCAGAUGCCUUAAUCUAUAAGACAUUAUUGGGUGCUUGCAAGUCACAUAGAAACAUUGCUCUGGGGGAAUAUGUUGCAAGGCAAGGUAUUGAACUAGACCCGUCUGAUCCAGCUUUUUAUGUGCUGCUUGCAAAUUUGUAUGAAGAAUCUGGUCAGCCUGAUUUAGCCAAGAGCACCCGAAGGGUGAUGAGAGAGAGGGGAUUGAAGAAGAAUCCUGGGCAGUGCUGGAUGGAGAUAAGAAACAAGGUUCACCUAUUCAAUGCAGGAGAUAGAUCACAUCCACAUAUAAAUGAAAUCCAUGAAAAAGUAGAAUCGCUUAUUACGGACUUGAAGAACCGAGGAAACUUGUAUCAGGACUAUGAAGAUUCAUCUUAUCAUAGUGAGAAGCUAGCUGUUGCAUUUGGUCUUCUCAGAACGCCGCGAAACGCUUCCAUACGCAUAUCGAAGAACAUGCGUAUAUGCAGCGAAUGCCAUAACUUUAUAAUGCUUGUAACUCAAUUUGUUGACAGGGAGAUCAUUGUGAGGGACGGGAACCGAUUGCAUGUCUUCAAGAAGGGUGAGUGCUCGUGCAUGGUUGCAGCUAGUUUACAACACGAUGAAAUAUUUCAUAACUCUGUAUGUCAUAGUUGAUGUUCUAUAAUGACAUUCGAAAAUAACGAAGAUUCUGCGGACAGAAUUGUUAGACUGUUGGCAAUGAAAU